UUCGUCAUUUUUCCUGUUAACAGCAACACAUCCUAGAGCAGGGGUGUACAUAUAACUUCAAAACAUCCUGAACAUGAAGUGUUUGCGUAUUUUUUUUAAUUUGAUUUCAACAUUUAUGAAGCGGACCGGUUUUCGCCCGCGGACCGUAUGUUAGACACCGCUGUCCUAGAGUUUAAAGUGGACUCUCUCUUAACUUCAGCGUAGCACACGUAGUCAGACAUCACCGUGUGAUGAAUCGAAACUCAGCAGCAGUGAUGAACUGAGUUUGUGGCCCCGCCCACUUGGCCACAGAAAGAGGAAGACACAGCUUUAAGUUCAAAUUCUCAUCCUUUCGUUUGGAACAUGGCGGGAAGACAUGACGGAGACCGUCUCCGCUGUAGAUGCAGCGUUCACCUGGUCACCUUCACCUGUGGACACCUACUCUGUCCCAGAUGUGACCGCGGCGAGGACGGUUGGAACGGGCGUCCUGAUUGUAGACACACGUUCGAUGACGACGAUGACCGUCAUCGUCGCACCCCGCAGAAGAGAGCAUGGAGUUCCAGCUCCAACGAUUCAACGGAAGGGGUCAUGUGCUGGAGACACGGCUUUCCCCUGGAUGUUUACUGCUGCACGGAUAAGCGGAUCAUCUGUGCCGUGUGCGCCGAGGCCGAACACGGAGGACACAGUAUCGGCUGUGUCAGGGAGGAACGAAGGAGGGUGCAGGAGGAGCUGAAGAAGAUGCAAACGAAAUCCUCCAAGAUUCUGAAGAAACAGAAAAAGAAGUGUGAAAAACUGAGGAAGGACAUUGAACACAUCCAGCACGAGGCCACACAGACGAUGGACCACUGUGAGAGCGUCCUGCUCGGUGUCAUCAGCUCCAUCCAGAACCACUACCUCAGACUGAGGAGCCUGAUCGAAGCUCACCAGGAGGGGGCAGCAGCUCAGCUCAUCACAUCUGUCCAGGAACUGGAGACCAGGAUCGAGGAGUUGGACCAGAGGAGGGUUCAGCUGGAUCGUCUGGCCGAGUCUGACAACGACGUCCACUUCCUGCAGGAAUGGCCCUGCCUGCAGAAACUCUGUGAGGAGGAACACGUCCGCUGUCUGUCUGCAGCGUCAGCAGAUCCAUUUCUGCCCUUUGAGCUGACGAAGAGAAGUGUUGAGGCUCUGGGGACGAAGCUGGAAGAGUUUUCCAACAAAGAGUUUGGCCCGGUGUUUGAAUCUGUGGAUGGAGAAGAAGCAGAGGAGGAGGAGGAGGAAGAGGAGGAGGAAGAAGAGGAGCAGGACCUGCAGGAAGAAGAGCAUCCCAGCGUCGCACAGUCUGAUGUGGCUCCGUUCAUCACAAACCACUCACUGACUCAUCACCACCAGGAGCCGACGACCAGAGCAGAGUUUCUACGCUAUGCCUGUCCUCUGACCUUUGACCCCAGCACGGCCCACCAGGACCUGUUGGUGUAUCCGGGGGACACAGUGGUGGAGCGAGUGUCUCGGGGUUUAAAGAACUCAGCUUCGACCAAACGGUUUCUUCACCAGCGACAGCUGCUGUGCAGCGAGCCCCUACAGGCUGAGCGCUGCUACUACGAGGUAGAGGUCAAAGGUGAAAAGGCUGAGAUCGCUCUCGCUUACAAAAGAAUAGACAGGAAAUCCCAAACAAAACGUUCUGCCUUCGGGGCCAAUGCUGACUCCUGGAGUCUGGACCUGUUUUUAGACUACUCAGUGAGUCACAAAAAUCAAAGCGUCAAGCUGACGAAGCCCCGCCAGCAUCACACCAUCGGGGUCUACGUCAAGUUCAACGAAGGAUCCGUGUCUUUUUACGAGGUGUCGGACACUAUGAUCUUUCUUUACAAGCUUAAUGCUGAGGCGUUCACUGAACCUCUGUAUCCAGGCUUCUGGCUUGGAGAAGGAUGUCGCAUCAGGAUCUGUGAUUUAAGACAGGAGAGACAGUGAAACCACCAGAUCAUGGAGUGCUGUGCAAAAGACUUAGGCAGGUCUGUCUGUGUGUGUGUGUGUCUGUGUGUGCGUCCUUUUUUUAAAUUUAUUAUAAAGAAUAAGAAGUUCACUUGAGAUAAUGUUUUACAUUCUCCAGUAAUUCUGGACGGUGGGGGAGGGGAGGGGAGGCAUUUUAUUAACACGUUUACCUAGCUGUGCAACUAGCCGUCCGACCUGGCUGAACAGGUCCGGUAGCCACAGUCCAGUCCACGACCCAGAGCUUUGUCUAACUUGCCCC